AUGAGCUCAACACACCAUGAAACCAAUAAAUCUUCUCCCAAGACACCAGGCAUGGAAACUGAAGUAUCGCAGAUAGAAGCCAUGUCUUCAUCUCUGACUUCUCAGCCGACUUCUCCCGACUCUUCGACCCAGGCGCAACAUGCACAGGCGCCCCAGCCCGAACCAACCACCACUUCAACCGCCAAUACAGGUGCCAAUUGCGCGGCGAGGGAAAGUCCGAAGAGGACUCGUGAAGAGGAUGAUGAAAUGCCAUCUGCAUCCAGUACGCCACAUCCAAAAAGGAUUAACAACAAGGCAAGCGCGACACCAGACAGCAAGGCAACUAUACAGAAGCCUGCCCGCAAGAAGUCUGCGCCUCAGAAAACGGCUGCACCAACACCCUCCAGGUCGCAACCUUCAAGAAGCCGCAAAGCCCCUGAGCGCUUCGAAGACUUUGAGGAGAAAACAACCAAAGCUCUCCUAAGCAAGAAGGGUACCAGUAAAGUUUUUGACUCCGUCUUCAUCACAACAAAUUCCACUAGCCGCUUGGUCAAAGCAGAUAUAUACGCAAGUUCAGUUGCUCCCACACAGCUUCACCCAGCUGACACAACACAGCAUAUGCUUCUCGAAGGCCCAGCCUGGUCAUGUCUUAAUGCAGAACAGCAAAGCAGUCUCAUUGCCAUGUUGCCUCAGGACAGUACAAACCAAGGUCUGUUGACCAAGAUCAACGCUGGCGAAACGGAAGGCACACGACCAUCGGCUUUCACUUUAUCAAAUGACUGUUUCCGUACCGAUGUCGCAAAGUUCAAGGAAGAUCUCAAGAACGGUCAUUUGGCCAAAACUUGGCAGACCGCUGCUGAACAGGCAGUCAUUGAGCGCGCGGCAGGAGAGUAUGACUCGUGGAAAGGUCAAGAAGCAGAAUCCUGGUGGGGUCAAAAAAGCGUAUAA